AUGUCUGUAGAAGAAUUGCAGAAAAAAAUUUCGCUACUGAAUGAGAAAGUGGCAUUUUUAGAGAAACAAUGCCGAUCGGUAAAGAGAGAGAAAAUUGACGAGAUGAGCUCUGAAGUUGUUGAUUCAAAUCCUUACAGCCGUUUGAUGGCAUUGAAAAGAAUGGGGAUUGUCAAUAAUUAUGAGAAUAUUCGUAAUUUUGCUGUUGCUGUGGUUGGUGUUGGGGGUGUUGGCAGUGUAACCGCAGAAAUGCUGACCCGAUGUGGAAUUGGAAAGUUGUUGCUGUUUGAUUAUGACAAAGUGGAACUUGCCAAUAUGAAUCGUUUGUUUUACCAACCUCACCAAGCAGGCAUGAGCAAAGUCGAGGCUGCUGAAUGGACCUUAAAAGAAAUCAACCCUGAUGUAGAGUUUGAAGUAUUUAACUACAACAUCACCACCAUGGACAACUUCCAGCAUUUUAUUGAUAAAAUAAAGACAGGUGGCCGAGAGGCAGGCACUCCUGUUGACCUUGUACUGAGUUGUGUGGACAAUUUUGAAGCCCGAAUGGCUAUCAACACUGCCUGUAAUGAAAUUGGCCAGGUGUGGAUGGAGUCUGGAGUCAGUGAAAAUGCAGUUUCAGGUCAUAUUCAGGUCAUUAAACCAGGAGAGACACCAUGUUUUGCUUGUGCCCCGCCUUUGGUUGUUGCAACAAAAACUGAUGAGAAAACACUGAAAAGAGAAGGGGUCUGUGCAGCCAGUUUGCCCACCACCAUGGCAGUUGUUGCUGGAUUACUUGUACAAAAUACUCUCAAAUAUUUGCUGGAGUUUGGAAGUGUCACACCUUAUCUUGGUUACAAUGCCUUAGAAGACUUCUUCCCUACAAUGCAAAUGAAACCGAACCCUCAGUGUGAUGAUAAUCAUUGUAAACGACAACAGGAAGAAUUCCAGAAACGAGAAGCACUUAAACCAAAAGAAACAAUAUUAGAAGUAGAAAUUUCACCUGUCGAGCAUGAGGACAAUGAAUGGGAAAUUGAACUUGUAUCUGAGACAACAGAUGAAGAAUUAAAGGCUGCUGAAGGAAAUGUGCCUGUCUUAUCAGAAGGAAUCAAAUUGGAAUAUACAGUGCCUGGAAGUACGUCGACAACAAAUGAAGAAACAGUUGGAAACACGGAACUGAGUAUAGAUGAGUUAAUGUCUCAGCUGAAAACAAUCUAG